AUGGCCCAGCGCCGCGCGGCGCGGAUCCUGCCCCUGGCGCUCGCCCUGGCCGCGGUGGCCGCGGUGUCCCGGGCCCGGGGGUCGCUAGGCGCUCUCUGGUCGGGGCAGGGCUGCGCCGCGCUGGGCCGCUGCUGCCCGGGCCGUGACCCGACCUGCGCCGCCCGCGGGCCCCCGCGCUGCUUCUGCGACCAGGCGUGCGGGGCGGGGCGGGACUGCUGCGAGGACUACGCGCGGGCCUGCCCAGCGGUCCCCUGCGCUGUGGCAAAGUGGAGUGGCUGGAGUCGCUGUGUCAAGCCCUGCCAGGUCUCUUACCGUGUCCGCCAGAGGCAUGUCCUGCAGGAACCAAGGAACGGGGGUGCCCCCUGCCCCCCGCUGGAGGAGCGGGCUGGCUGUGUGGAGUACUGGAGCCACCCAGGAGUGGAGUGCCAACAGUCCUUGCUCCCUGCUCUGAUAACCACAGGCAGCUACGGGAAAGAGCGGAAAAAGCAAGGUGUCCCCAAGGAGCGGGAGACAGCAGGGUACUGUGUCCAGUUCCGGCUGGGGCCCAUUCCCGGGAGCUGCCAACAGGUGAGGGCACCCCAUGCCCGGUGGACAAGGUAUCUGACCCAGGGCCACACGGUGUGUGUGAGGUGUGAGUGGCCUGCCCAGGACGCCAGGAGCCGGCGCUGCUACGGGGAUGGCGGUGGGGCCGAAGGGAACCAGCUGUUGCUGUGGCAGGCGGCCGGCCACCCCCGGUGCCGAGGGACCUGGGAGAGGCUGGGGCGGCCCCGGGACUGCUCCUGCCCCGAGGUCCACAGCCUCGUCUUCAUCUAGCAGCCGCGGGCCCCCGCUGUGCAGACCUCCUCUCUCGGAAGCCUCCCUGGCUGGCACUGAGAAGCGGGGUCUCAGGGUCCCGCAGGACGAGGGAGGGGGAGAGGUCUGCAGAUGGGAGAUGGAGGGACAGCCUUGUCCUUACGGCCUUCCACGGACACUGAGAAUAGCUCUGCGUUCCGCCCGGUGCCAGCUGAGUCAUAGCCUUACUCACAGUCCCUCUAGCUCAGGGCACCCCGAUUUCAUCUCCUGAACCCCCUUGUGGCUUUUCCUCUGUUCUCCCUGUCUGCACACCUCCUUCUGUUGACUCUCCACU